AUGCCUAUUUCACAGAACUUAAUGGGACAAAAUUUGCCAUUUCAAACCGAGCCUUCUUCGAGAACUAUCAUCUCGGAAACCGGUAUUUUCGAUGAAGAAAUAUGCCUGGGAGCAAUCAUUGGUGUCACGGCACGGCUGGAUCGCGAUAAUGCAUUGAUUCAACAUUUGGCCGACCACAGCACACCUUCCCUAUGUUUUUCGGUUCUUAAGGAGGGGAAUUUCUUUCUUCUUGUACAUGAGGAAGAUAAAUUCGCCCGCCUCAACAAGCAGUUAUGUACCGGUCUCUCGAAAGCGACAAGUAACCAACAAAUUCGAUUACAGGCAUAUAUUACUAGAGAAGAUGCAAUGUUAGCAGUGCAGAAAAGAUACGGCGAAAGGCUGCUACCAAUUGAAAUCAACAUUUAUGCCCCGUUACAUUUCUCCGACGAUGUGGGAGCUAAAUUGAGCAAAUCUCAUAUUUUCCUGCAGCCGCUUCGCUAUGGGCUUGGGGAGAGGAGAUACAUGAAUCCGCAUGUUCUACGAUUUGAGGGACGACCGAAUGACGAGUUAUUCCACUAUUCCACUAUACCUGGCUCGGAAGAGAUAGAUCCAAAUUACUCAUCAAGCGAUGAAAGCCUCUCUGAUGACGUUGAUGAAAUUGACAUGGAUGACAUGUUUGGUGUUCAAUUAGAAGCAUGGUAG